AUGCCCUAUAUGUGGAAUGCCCUGAACAUUCAGCUAACAAAACAACAAGUCGAUAAAGUGAAAAAAAUUGUAACACACAUUAAAAAAAGUACGGUAGCCGCAGAAAGGCUACAUAAAUACCAAGUGCAACAAGGUCAAGACCCAAAAAGACUAUGCCAAGCAGUUGAAACCAGGUGGAACUCCACCUACAUUAUGUUAAAAAGAUUUGUGGAGCUGGAAAAAGCUAUUCGUGCGACGUUGGCAUUUGCUGAUCGGGGGCUGCCUACAAUAAAUCCAGAUGAUUGGAUACUGUACCAACAGUUAUGCAUGGUUCUCCAACCAUUCGAAGAAAUAACUGCUUCUAUGAGUGGCGAAAAAUAUUUAACCGGCAGUUCAGUAAUUAUUGUUACACGAUGUCUGAAAGAAACAUGCCAAAAAUUAUUAGAACCAAAUUUUGGACCAGUUGUGACUGAUACUGUUCUUUUAUUAAAAGCGGGAUUAGAAGAGAAGUUUCGCCAAAUUGAAACGAGUGGAACGUUUUCAAUAGCUACUUUUUUGGACCCGCGAUUUAAGCUGAAAGGUUUUUCAGACCAAUCAGAAGCAAUCAAAACUAAAGAAAAAGUCCGAAAAUUAGUUGCUGCUAUUAUUGCCGACCAAGAAAAAACAGAUGGACCUACUACUUCUUCUACAGUCGCGGAUACAGCUGAAACUGUCUCCCAAUCUACUGGCAACAUUAUUAGUCCAUGGGGUAUUUUUGACCAGAUGGUAGCUUCAACAUCUUCUUCGGGAACACCUCUUUCAAAAGCCAUUAAAGAGAUCGACAUGUAUCUAGCCGACGAGCUGUUACCAAGAAAGGACAAAAAUGGAAAGUUGUCGUGCCCUCUCGAGUGGUGGAAAAGACACCAAUUCGUAUAUCCAAAUUUGAAAAAAACUAUUCAUUACCCGGGCAAACGUUGUGGCGACAUCUGUCCCGUGUGA